CAGCAAUCUUUUAGUGAGAAUUAGUAGUCUGAAGUAGUUCGUCUUACAAACGAUUUUCUUCAGUCUUACUAAUUAGAUACUACUAAAAAGUUCUUGUAAAGUUUUCAACAAAAGCAAUACAAAGGAAACAAUGGCAGCUUUCGUCGAGCCGCAUUUUGAAGCCUGGCAGUCGGGUGGUGGCAAUCUGACCGUUGUCGACCGAGUACCACCGGAGAUCCUGCAUAUGGUGCACCCGCAUUGGAACCAGUUCCCACCGAUGAAUCCACUGUGGCACUCAAUCCUGGGAUUCGCCAUCUUCGUUCUAGGGAUGGUUUCGAUGCUCGGAAACGGUUGCGUGAUGUACAUCUUCACCAACACCAAAGCACUCCGCACCCCGUCCAAUUUACUGGUGGUCAAUUUGGCCUUCUCGGAUUUCUUCAUGAUGUUUACGAUGGGACCGCCGAUGGUUGUGAACUGCUACCAUGAGACCUGGUACUUCAGCGCAUUCGCCUGUGAGCUGUACGCUAUGUUUGGAUCUCUAUUCGGCUGCGCAUCGAUCUGGACUAUGACAAUGAUUGCGUUCGACCGAUACAAUGUUAUCGUGAAAGGAUUGUCGGCUAAGCCGAUGACCAACAACGGAGCUCUGUUGAGAAUUCUCGGAAUUUGGCUGUUUUCACUGAUCUGGACACUGGCCCCAAUGUUCGGAUGGAACCGAUAUGUCCCAGAGGGUAACAUGACCGCUUGCGGAACUGAUUACCUCACUCGGGAUUGGCUCAGCCGCUCGUACAUCCUGGUCUAUGCCAUCUUCUGCUACUGGGCGCCUCUGUUAACCAUCAUCUACUCGUAUUAUUUCAUUUUGAAGGCUGUAUCCGCACACGAGGCUCAGAUGCGAGAACAGGCUAAGAAGAUGAACGUCGCUUCGCUGCGAUCGUCAGAAUCUCAGCAGCAGAGCGCUGAAAUCAAACUGGCCAAGGUUGCUCUGGUUACCAUCUCGCUGUGGUUCAUGGCCUGGACUCCGUACCUGGUCAUCAACUUCACCGGUGUCCUUGGAACUGCCAAGCUCAGCCCAUUGGCCACCAUCUGGGGAUCGCUGUUCGCCAAGGCCAACGCCGUCUACAAUCCGAUCGUUUACGGCAUCAGUCACCCGAAAUACCGGGCAGCUCUGUACAAGACCUUCCCAUCGUUGUCCUGCCAGGAGGACAAUUCGUCUCACGCGAAUGCCGAUGGUCAGUCUACCACAUCGGGCGUCACUCAGGCCAGCGACGAGAAGGCCUAAGAGGUCGGCCCCCUUUCCGGAUGACGAAUAACAACAAUGCCAGACAAGUUUUAAAAUAGUUAGACAAUAAAGCAAAUUUUGAAGCAAGCAUCAAGGA